AUGCAAACAAGCAACUGUCCGUCUUACCCCCACUGUCCGUCUUACCCCCAGUACCCCUACCUUGCCGAAGUUGCUUUAGGUUGUAAUCAAACCGCUAAAGUGCUAAAGCCCUGCCAAUGUAGAAUCGUUUCAUCAAUUCCUUGUACCGGAACCAGUAGGCAGCAAAGAAUUGUCGGUGGUCAAGAUUCUGCCCGUGGUCAAACUACGUACAUAGCUAGCCUUAUGAGGCGUGGAGGCCAUUUUUGCGGUGCAACUAUACUCAACGAGAAAUGGUUUCUCACGGCCGGCCACUGCGCAUGCAAUGGUCUUAACAAGCCUGUUCGCUCCAGCCAGAUAAAAGCAAUAGUAGGUUUGUACAAAAUUUCUGAAUUCAACAGAAACCGAAUAGAUAAUAGUGUAGGUAACUCAUAUGAGGUGUCAAUUCAAACAAUCAUUUUCCAUCCGGAAUACGCGUGUAGUCAGCCCUACAAUGACAUUGCGCUGCUAGAGGCUACUAAAUCUAUUUACUUUGAUCAAAAUAUCCGUCCGGUUUGCAUAGCCAACAAACAGGACUCUUCCGCACAUGUCGAAGGUAAGACUGCUAUUGUCUCUGGCUGGGGUUGGAAUCAGGAGAGCCAAAAGGACGGAAACAAACCAGAUACUCUACAACGUGCCAUAGUCGACGUGUUCCGAAACGAGGAUUGUGAAGGAUUCUACCACGAUGGAAACCGACCGCGAACCAUCGCCAGUACGCAGUUAUGUGCGGGCAAACGAACCGGUGGGGUUGAUUCCUGUUGGGCAGAUUCUGGAGGACCACUGGUAACCAACGACGACGUGCUGAUUGGUAUUGUUUCCACCGGGAUCGGUUGUGCACGACCCGGAUUUCCAGGAAUUUACACACGAGUUAGUGAAUUUACUAAUUGGAUAAGUGAUGUCGUACGAAAAUGAAGUUGAGGCAAUGUAAUGUGUUAGGCCACAUC